AUGCGCGAUGGAAACGCCGUUGAUGCCUCGUUGACGCCAGCGUCUCGCGUUCUCAUCGAACGCAUCGCCGCUUUGCAGUCUCACGACCCUGGCCAAUCCAAUCCCGCCGCUUCCACGCCUAUGGAGGAGUCCGCAUCGACCCUGUCGCCCAUCUCCUCUGCUGAGUCUCUUGCCAAUGCCGAGAUCGAGCUAUUGGAUACCCAGAGCGGCGAACAAGAUCACGGCCGAGCGGCCGCAGCAGAGCAUUACGAGCGCAUCGAGGUUCCGCUCGUCUUUGACAGCGAGUUUUUUGAUAUCCUGCAAAGCGAUGUCAAUAACCUGGAUGCCCUCCAAGCUAAAGAAGAAAAGGCCAUGGUGACCGAGAUCGUCGCCCUGCGCCAAGAGGUUUCCCAUCUUACGAAACCUAGCCGCCUCUCCAAGAGCGACCUCGCGAGAUGGAGAGCUAUUUUCGAGUUGUACCUUGAUGCCCAGGUCUUCUUUUCUACCAACGAGCAGGAUCACGGAUCACGUAGCAGCCAAACGGCCGCCAAACAGCUUCAGUGGUUUCAGGAAGAGAUCACUAAACGCAACCUGGUCAAGUCCUUCAAGAUCGCCGAGAGUCACGAAGCCCUCGUUCGCUUCCUUCGCCUGAAUGCUGUUCUUCUGAAAAACCUGCAAUUUCAGGAGAUUAACCAGGUUGCUAUUUACAAGAUUUUGAAGAAUAGGUUGCUGGCCGGCUCCGUGGCCAAGGACAUUUGCGCCCAGAUGUCUACCGACCUAGUUUCCGUCGUGCCUCAGAUUAGCGACUAUUUGUGCCCCAUUUGCUUUGCCAUCGCAUACCGUCCUGUUCGGUUGGCUUGCCAGCAUGUCUUCUGCAUCCGAUGUAUCGUCAAGAUUCAACGUCGAAACGAGAAACAUUGCCCCUUGUGCAGGGCUGACACCGUGAUGAGAGCCUCCGCUGAUAAUUUGGAUAUCCAACUCGAGAGAUACAUGCGCAAGUACUUCCCGAAAGAAUCUAAGGAGAAGCAACGGGCCAAUGAGAUUGAACGAGGUAUUGAGGACUACGGUCCUGAGUACGUGCAUUCCGAGUGCUCCGUCAUGUAG